GGCUGCGCCUUUGAGUUUGCUUCAUGUCGCGACGCUGCCGUGUAGCAUCUAGCGCGUAGGUAUAUUAUUGUGUGGCUAGUGGCUACUUUUUGUCAUAUUGUGUGGCCGCCGGAAUCUUAGGAAAAUGGCAGACGUAUCUGACGAAAACCUUCAAAAAGAAAUUCUAAAGAUUCUUGAAAAGGCAAACUUAGCAAAAACUUCAACCAAGAAAGUGAGACAGAAGUUGGAGGAGGUAUUUGAUACUGACCUGACUGAUAAGAAAGAAUUGAUCGACCAAUAUGUUAUGGACUAUGUCAAUAAAAUGGAAUCUGAAAAUUCAGAUAGUGCUGAAGAAGAAUCUGAUGAAAAGAAAAAGCCUGAACCCAAGAAAAGAAAGAAGAGGAAGGGAUCAGAUUCAGACAGUGAUUGGGUGAAGAAAAAACCUAAAAAGCAGGCAGCAGCAGGGGCCGGACGUGGCAAAGGCAGCGGUUACACUCGGGCAUACAAACUAUCCCCGGCCUUAGCUGAAUUAAUGGGACAGGAAGAGAUGCCACGACACGAAGUGGUGAAACGUGUUUGGACCAUCAUCAAAGAGAAAAACUUAUAUGACCAGUCUAACAAACAAUAUGCCAUAUGCGACGAGGCCCUCUACAAGGUUAUAGGCACUAAGCGAUUCCGAACGUUCGGUAUGAUGAAAUAUUUGAAAACUCAUUUCUUAGAUUAAUUCACAAUUAAUUAAGUAGCUUCUAUGAGCCGUGGCUAAGCCAUCAAAGUAUAAACGCUAGACUGUCUUUCGUUAACAUUCUUGUGUGAGAAAUAGUUACUUUUAAUGUGACUUAUCAGUUCUCUGUAAUUUUUGAUGGCAAUCCAGCUAUUCAUGAUGAGGUUUUGUCCCGCGCGAUUUUAAGGUU